AUGUCUAUAGCUCAGAAACUGUGUGAUGAAAUAGUGCAGCCAGCGUUAGGCACAUCCCCUAAGAUAUUUACCACACCCAAAAAAUGUUUGUUUCCAUCUUCUGCAAGUAAUAAAUACUAUAACAUUACACAAUCCGGAUCAGGUUCAGGCUCUAGAUCCAUAACGAGGAAAAGACAACCUUCCAAUAUAACAUUACAGCGUAAAGGUAUCGUUACCAAAUCUUCAUUGCGCUCUAAGGAUUUUGGAGCUUCAAACUACAAGAAAGUUCUAGUGGAUACAGCCAUCAACACAAAAGCGACUGGGCCCUUGAAGUGCGAUCAUAACUGCGUCACAGAUGUCCGUAGACGCGAUAAUCAUAGCUGUGGGUGCAAAUGUUCUCAAAGAAGGCUUCCUAACUGCAAAUCUAGUGUGAAACAAGUACAAACUUUUGAUACCAAGAAUUAUUUAUUGGCGGACAAGGCGUGUUCCCAAACAGUUAAGACACUGAGUUGUGGUACACAGUUUCUUGACAGAUUAAGCCACGCUAGUAAACGGGAGACUCGAAAUGAAAAGAUGCACAAUAGCAAGUACACGAUGAAAGAAUUCAAAGCAAGGCAAUCUCGUAAUGCAAAACAUAUGGAGGAAUCGACCAUAGCACUUGAUGAACGAACACAUAACGUCUUGAAUAGUGCGAGACGUUGGGCCCUUAAUAAUUUCCCUGUUCAUGGUCCUGACUUUUGA